AUGAUUUGUAAAACCAAGCAUUAUUUUUUUGAUCAUCAGUAUAAAGUUUUUAUUGAAGAGGAUCAAAUACUAAUUGGAAAGGUAAUAGCCUAAUUAAAUAUUAUAGUAAAAAGAAUCUAUCAAGUAUAAAGUUUCAUUUUCACAUAAAAUGUUGAUAUUCUGGAUGUUUUAAUAAGGGAAAUUCACUGGGUUUAAAAUUUUGCUUAAAGAAAAAUGGAAGUAAUUUGACAUGAAUCAUGAGGAUUGUUUAAAAUUCAAGAAGAGUUUAGAUGGGAGAAUAGGUUACAGCAGAAUAGAAUCUCUAUAUAAAUUCUAAGGCACAGUAGGCUUAGGGAGCUAUAGUGAAGUACAUAUAUUUUAAAAACUAAGGUAUUCUUAAUAUAAAGCUAUCUCGAUAAUUCAAAAUAUAUUGCUAAAAAAAUGGCAAUCAAUUCAAAAAAUGUGUUUAGUGUAAAGCGUUAUUAAUAAAUUUAUAGCUUUUCAAUAAUGAAUUAUAAGCUUUACAAAAUCUCAAACAUCCACAUAUCAUAAAGUUGAAAGAGUUUUAUAUGAACUAUGCUGAUUGUUAUAUAGUAACUAAUUACAUUGAAGGAGAAUCUCUGGCUAAAUUUUUGAGAUACAAUAAAAAAAUAUGUAUUAAAGAAAUCAAUAGUAUACUGAAAGUAUAUAUAAAUCUAUAACAAAAGUAAUUAUUUGAAGUACUAUCAUACAUCCAUUAAAAUGGUUUCAUACAUAGAGAUAUAAAGCCAGAGAAUAUAUUAUAUAAUAAAGAACAUAAAUUUAUUACUUUGAUAGAUUUUGGAUUUGCAACAAGGAUUGGAUUACAAGAAUAUAGUGCAGGAACUCCUGGUUAUACUGCACCUGAAUUAUUUGAUAAUGUUGUUUCAACUGAGAAAUGCGACAUUUUUAGUUUGGGCUGUAUAUUAUAUGAAAUGUAUAGAUUAUUAUUAUUAUUAUUAUUAGAAUUUAUGGGAAAAAACUAUUCUAAGGAUAGUCUCUUUAUGACAUUCAAUAAGUUAAUAUGAAAUGUCAUUAUAAUCUCAACCUUACUGAUCACCCUUUACAUGAUUUAUUAAGUAGAAUGCUUGAGAAAGACUUAAGAAAAAGAAUUAUUGCAAAAGAAGGGUUGAAUCUCUUAUUAUAAUUUGAAUAAAACAUUCAAAUUUGA